AUGCAGUUAAAAAAUAUUUUUGAAACUUUUAAUUUGCUUAAGAACUAUUGGACAAAAGAAAUUACUUUCAAAUGCUAUUCAGCUUUAAAAAAUGUAAAAAACUGUUGGUUCGAUAUCUCAAUAAGUAAAAUUAAGAUUUAUGAAUCAUCGAUCAACAAAUUACGAAAAUUGAUGACACUUCUUAAGUAUAUGAUGGAAGAACGUCUAAGAAUGAUAGUGAUAAAUUCAGAAAAAGGGUAUGCUACACUAAUCGAGCAAUCUUGCAUUCCAAUGAAAGGUAUUAAUGAUGAUUUUGUGUGGGAUAGUGAUUUGAAUAAAUCACCAUUUGAAGAUUGCACACCUCCAAUAUUCUCUGAAAUACUCAAUAUGAACAAAAAUGGAGCAUAUUAUUCUACUGAUGUCUGA